CGAUCGAUCCAUCUAGCUUCAUUUAUAUAUAUAUGUCAUCCAUCCAAUGCAUGCAGUCGCUUCGCUAGCUAUCGAUCGAUCGGUCGAUCCAAGCUGCAGACACAAUAUUAAUUCAAUUCAAUUGAAUUCUUCGAUCAUCCAUGGCGACGGCGCAGCAGGAGAGCAUCAGCAGCGGUGGUGACGGCAACAAUAAUAAUAAUAAGCAGGUGGCGGUGGUGGUUGUUGAGGAGGCGUCGACGCCGUCGUCGGCCUUCAAGUUCAACGUGCACGCGCCGGAGUUCGUGCCUGCCAUGUCGCCGACGGCCAGUCCGAUGUCGGCGCCCGCCGGCAGCAGCAGCUUCUACUCCCCCUUCGGGCUCCACGUGCAGCCCGAUCACUGGAGCUUCUUCCAUGACCACGAGCCCGUCUUCUUCAUGCCCGACUUCAAGUUCGCCGCCGCCGCCGCCGCCAGCGCGCAGCCCAAGCCCACCUCCGCCGCCGACAUGCCCCACAAGAUCGUCAAGCAGGUCGAGUACCAAUUCAGCGACAUUAACCUCGUCGCCAACGAGUUCUUGCUCAAGAUCAUGAACAAAGAUUCUGAAGGUUACGUCCCCUUAUCCGUGAUUGCUUCUUGGAAGAAGAUCAAGUCUCUUGGAGCAACCAAUCAAAUGCUGGUCAAGGCUCUUCGCACCUCCACCAAGCUGAUUGUGAGUGAUGACGGCAAGAAAGUCCGGCGGAGGCAGCCAUUCACGGAGAAGCACAAGGAGGAGCUUCAGUCAAGGAUGAUCAUAGCUGAGAAUUUGCCAGAGGACUCAUCGAGAAACAGCCUGGAGAAAAUCUUCGGUGUCGUUGGAAGUGUGAAGAACAUAAAGAUGUGCCACCCUCAAGAGCCUAGCACGGCAAGAGCUUCCAAGUCAGACACUCUAGUCAGUAACAAGAUGCAUGCACUGGUGGAGUACGAGAGCUCGCAGCAAGCUGAGAAAGCAGUGGAGAAGCUGAACGACGAACGGAACUGGAGGAAAGGCCUUCGGGUGCGCACCGUCCUCAGGCGAUCGCCCAAGUCGGUGAUGAGGCUGAAGCGGACGGAGUUCGACCUCAACUCGGACGACGAGCAGUCACCGAUGUCGUCGGACUUAUCCCCCACGGCGACGGCGACGGCGGCGGAGUUGUCGGCGGAGGCGGCGGGUCACGAUCAGGGCGGGGAGCAGCAGAUGAUGAACAGCAGCAAGAAAGGAGGAGGGUGGGCGCGAGGGGGCCGAGGGAAGCUGCAGGUGGCGGCGCCGCACAGCCCGCAGUCGGCCCCCGCCGGCAGUGUGGGGCACUUCGAGCCGGCGAGCCCUCGUCACAAGCUGCCGGCGAGCCCCCGCCACAAGUGCCCCUCCAGCCCACGCCAGCCGCCUCCUCACGCCCACGGCCCCAGGAUGCCCGACGGCACCCGCGGCUUCACCAUGGGCCGCGGCAAGCCCCUCCUUGUCUAGCUCCGAUCCAGUCACAUCACAUCUCUACGUGUACGAUUGCAUACAUGCCAUGGAUACUUCAGGCCCUCGAUCGAUCUUCUCUCCUUUCAUUUUCUCCUCUUCUCUUCUCUUCUUCUUCUUCUUCUUUCUUUAUUUUUUGGAUUUUCACACCCCUUAAAUAAAGAGCAACGGACUGGCUGUCUGCUAUAUCAUAUUCAAAUACUUCAAGGUUAUAAUAUUUUUUUUGUUACCCCAGUCACACAGAGUUUAAAUUUGCUCUUAAUUAAAUGAUGCCGCGCGACUUCAGAUA